AUGAUUGAUUUCGAUCCUUCUUCAUUUGGCUUAGCUCAUACUUAUUAAAAGGAAGAUAAAGAUGAAAUAAAUACAUUAGCUUUGCCAUCUGCACCAUAAGUAAUUUAUAAAACUUUGAAUGGUCCAACUUAAAUAAAUGGAGGAAAUAAAUUAAAUAAUUUCAAACAUGGAACAACAACAUUAGGAUUUGUAUUUAAAGAGGGUAUUUUAUUGGCUGUUGAUUCAAGAGCCAGUAUGGGAAGUUUCUUGAGUAGUGAAUAAGUAAGAAAAGUAAUUGAAAUUAAUGAAUAUUUAUUGGGUAAUUUAGAAAUUUAAAUUCUUUAAAGGGACUAUGGCUGGAGGGGCAGCUGAUUGUCAAUACUGGCUUGCUUAUUUAGCCAAUCAUUGUAGAACAUAUGAAUUGAAAAAUGGAAGUAAAUUAAGUGUUGCUGCAGCUUCUAAAUUCUUAUAAGGAAUUUUAAUAGGUUAUAGAAAUUCAGGUCUUUCUAUGGGAUGUAUGAUUGCAGGAACUGAUACAACUGGAUAACAUUUAUAUUAUAUUGAUAAUGAUGGAAUGAGAUUAAAAGGUGACAUCUUUUCUGUAGGUAGUGGUAGUACAUAUGCUUAUGGUGUUUUGGAUAAUCAUUAUAGAUAUGAAAUGUCAUUGAAUGAAGCAGUAGAAUUAGGAAUUAGAGCAAUCUAUCAUGCUACACAUAGAGACACAGCAUCUGGAGGUGUAGUUAGAGGUAGUAAAUCUUCGUUUAUUUAGUUUAUCAUAUCCAUUAAAAUGGAUGGACAAAAGUUCAUGAUGGAAUUGAUGUUGUAGAUUUACAUUAUUAAUUUGCUCAAUAAAAAGGACUUGUAGGUGAUGGAGAUGAGGCUAAAUAAAGAUUGUUUUGA